GGCCUGCCGGAAUACAGGUGGGAAGAAGCUGCACGCUGCAGUAUGGCUGUAUCCAGGAGACGAUGAAAAUGAACACAGAGCGGUUUACCCUCACAACAGACGACUAUUUAGCCGAGACUAAUGCCCUGUUCUAUCUGAGUGAUGCGGUCACGCAGCUGCUGGAGCACAGAGAGGAGUACAUUCAGUUCGGCAUCGUGCGCUAUUUUGCAGAAUAUUUUACAAGUGUGAAGAAUGGAAAUCAUGUCCUCUUCAGAGAAUUCAACUACAUUAAAGCCACACCACACAACAGAGCCUCCUUCAUCCACAUCUUCUGGAAGUGCUUCAGACAAAUUGGGAAAAAUGGAGAUUUGUUGACGGUGUUGGAAUACAGUUCACUCCUUCAGCUGCUGUGUCCAGACUUUCCCACUGAAAUGGUGCAGAACACAGCCCGGAUUGUAUUAAUGGACGAUGCUAUGGACUGCCUAAUGUCCCUCGCAGAUUUCAUCUACUCUUUUCAGUUACAGUUCUACUAUGAAGAGUUCCUGGAGAGUGUGUUGGUGAUUUAUGAGGACUUGCUCGAGGGGAAGAACCCAAACACUGUCAUCGUCCCCACCUCCUCAUCGGCAGAGCCGUUAUCCAGCACGGUCAGUGAGGAGACGGACACACAGGAGGGGGUGGACUCAUCCGUCUUCCUGGAGUGCAUCAACGGUCUGUGCGAGCGCUUCAAACACAAACAUCCGUCUGUCUCCUGCAUUAAAGAGAUUCUCGAGAGCAACCUCAGAGUGUCCUACUACAGCUUCCUGAUGGCCUUGGCCAAACACGAGGGAAUCAGCCAGGACAUCGGAGCUCUUCCAAACAGAUCCGAUCUGCUCAUUGACCCAGAGAUGGAUCAGGAACUGGAGAGGCUUGUAGCUCAGGUGGCCAUCAGUCCCACGUCCAACAGUAGCAGCAGUGCAGCUGGACUGAAGGAGCCGCCCAGGAAAGCCUCACCCCGCAAAUCCCUCCACCAGAGGCGCAGGAUCGAGAUGGAGAGUGAUGGAUCUACUGAGGAGACCGACUCCUCUGAGAAUUAAAACUCAGAGACUCUGCACCCCACCCCACUGUGCCACAAUCUCACUGUGUCUAUCACACAGUACUAAACUCAUCUAGACUCCCAUCACAGUAUUAUAGCAAUACCAACAGUUAUGUAUGUCAUUCAUUCAUAUGCUGCCCAUCAAAUGUUUGGGAACACAUUUUACAACCAUUGCACUGCAUUACAUUGAGCUCUGCAUUUAAUCCAUCAUCACUACCAGUCCAUGGGAACAAAACACCAACCUUCUUCUUCCAAACUGGCUUCUCGAGUCUUAAAACCAUGGCUCCUUUUAACACAUAUCCCUUGUUUUUCAGUGUAACCCUUCCCUUUAGAACAGAGUUACAAAGGAAAAAGGGUGAAAUCUUCCCCUUAAGAAUUGAAAAAAAAAUAAAUGUAUGCACCCGAUACAUUUAUACAACCAAACAGUGAAGCGCUAAAGUUCAGUAACUUAGCUGCUGGUUAACUUUAACUUUAGGACAUCGAAUGUCUUCAGAAAGGGGGCAGGUGGUGCAGGAAUUCAUUCUUAUUGUCCAUUCCUUAAUUUCUCUUUGAUGGGAAGCUAAAAUUAGCUUCUGUUAAGGUGGCAGUCCAUAUUAUUUUGUUUCUAAACUGAAGGCAGAAGCAUUUCUGAGUGGAUAAGGGACAGAAUGUUGUGUUUAAUGGUACUAGUGUGCUGAAACAACCAUCCCUGCUAAACUUAAUACUGUAUAUUUAUUUUAAAAUCUGGGGUGUCGGGUUGCUUUUUUGCGGGAGUUCUUCUGGCCACGUCACACGCCUUUGUGUACUUACAUCACAUAUACAGUCUCUAAAGGAGGAUCCGAUCUGUCUCAGUUUAACUGAACCCGAGCGGCUGGUGAAGCAAUGGAGACUUCAGAAGGGGAAACUCAGAGCUUAGUAGUUGCUGAUGGCAACCUGCAUGACCGGGAUUCGAAUCAUCUCCCAAUCAUAGUGGCAGUGCUUUAGACCACUGGACCACUCAGCGCCCCCAACUAGUGUAAAUGUUUAGAUGAAUAGAAUAUUUUUUCAUGCCAUUAUUUAAGCUCUUACUACUGAAAAUGAUACAUUACUUCUGUAAGGUGUUCCCAAACAUUUGACCACCAAGCAGUUUACCUCCUAUAAAAUAGGUUGAAUAUUUAUUUAUUAGUUUCCUAGAUUGCAAAGUAUGUCUGAAAUAGCUGUUUCUGAUUAAAUGCGUUUACAUUACACACAAUGCCUGAUCUGUCAAAAUUUCAUUACUGUCAGUUAUGCUGUUGUUUGUUUUUGCACAAAAAAUGCAGCCUAAUGGAAACCUGUAACUGAAACUCUGCACUAAACCUAUUAUUGUAUCAUUUAUUUGCUGUAGACAACUGAUAUAAAUAGACUGAAGAGCUA